AUGACUGCUGCAGCGUCUCGCUUGUUACCUGGCAUAGGGCUCGUAAUCGGUUCCGCCUCAGGAAUUGGACGCAGCGUGUCGUUCGCGUUUGCCCGUGCUGGUGUUGCGGGCCUUUUCCUAGCAGAUAUCAAUACGAAGGCAUUGAAAGCAACAGGAAAUGAGAUUCAAUGUGAACUGCCUGACUUGAAAGUCGUAACUCACCAAGUUGAUGUUGGAAACGAAGAAUCCUGCAUCGAUUGUGUGCGCACUGCUGCGAAAGCCUUCGGAAGAAUUGACUACGUGCUGAACCAUGCCGGAAUUGGCGGAAAUCAAAAGCCGACUGUUGAACAAGUUUGCGCUGAAUUGCAAAAGUUCUCAACCUGA